CUACCAAAAUUUCUGAAAAAAAUCUAUUAGGUGGUGGAUUAAAAACUUAUAUUGAUACUAGAUGGACAACAGUUUAUGAAAUGCUAAAAUCAGUUUAUCAAUUAGAAACAUGUUUAAAAGAG